ACAAUUAUUUUAAUCAUAAUCACCAUCAUUAUUAUUUUACUCUUAAUUUCACCUAUUCUGUAGUUCGAUUAAUCUGUUUAUACUUUGUAAUCAUUUGUUGCUCAAACUCAACUUAUCUUGUGACUCCAUUUUUUUGUCAGUUGUCAGUUUAAAAUCAAAUCUUGAUUCAACGUUAAUGUUACUCAGAGUUUACUGAAGAGUGUCUAAUUAUUAAGAUUAUUGGGAUUAUUUUUGUUUACUUUCUAUCUGUCUGAAUUCAGUUCUGUUGACUCAAGUUGACUCUUUUUUGGCAAAUAAGUGAUUCACUUGGUUUACCCAGUAAAUAGUUACAAUAAUCAUAAUCUAAUUAGACCAGUUAUUGUUGAUUUUAUUUUGCUAUUAAUAUUUGUGAAACAGAAACAAAAAUUGCUGUUAACUUAAUACCUUGAUUAGUUUCAUUUGGUACGGAAGUGUAAAAUCUCAACAUAAUUCAUUCAAAGCAGUCAAUUUUCUCCAUUAUCAUCAUCAUAGCCAUCAUUAUCAUCAGCGUUUCAUUCAAGCGCUCGCAUUUCACUCUCUCGACAAUUUGUUGAGAAACAAAAAAGUUGUCGUUGUUUAUGUUAUUUAUUUGAUUUGUUUACUUCCUCACCUUUGCCUUCUCUAGUUUCAUUUCUUUGAUUUUGUUUCCAUCGGAUUCUCAUUCGAAUUCAAAUGUUUAAUAUUUACAAAAUGAAUCACAUUUUCCUCUUAAUUUUUCUCUCAAUUUUGUCUGCAAACAUUGCAGCCCCUACAAACAAACAGCCAAAAGCAGAACAAGCUUCAUCAGCUAAUAAUCAAAAUACAAAUUCAUUUACUCCUUUGGUAAAUGGAAAUGGAAACCAUGGAAGUCAAUCCAAAGAAGGAGUCCAGGACAAGUCACAAGGCAAUGAUGCGUUCAAUAAAGGUCAAGUGUUUGAAUUUUCCUAUUCAACUAACCAUCAAGAGCCACAGGAUUCAUUCAGAGCAAAUGUAGGUGAAGAUAAACAAGAAACAAUCGUGGCAAAUGGAUCUGACAAUUUCGCUGACCAUGAACUUGCUCGACAAGCGCUACCUAAGUUUUUCAGCUACACAAAUGGAGCCCUUAACGAAAAUUCAAGUGAUCCUGGAUUGAGUAUUAAACAGUUUGAGGAAGCUUUCAAAUCAUCAACAAGUGGAACGAGUGAAAAUCCAACACUUGCCACUUUUCAACCGGCUCUUGGUGAAGUAGCUUCAGCAUCUUAUUUCAGUUAUGCACCACCCUCAGUGCCUCCUUUCAUGAGAAUGGGCUUCAGUGAAAGUGAAAUUGACGAUGAUAUAGAUGAUGAUUCUCUUGAUAAUGGUGAUCUUGAUUUCAAACCAAGCAGUCCCAAGAAGCUGGAGCGAUCAUCAGAUUACAAGGACGAUGGUGAAUCUGAACAAGAUCCAAAAGUUAAAAUGGUUCAGGUUUUAAUGGGAAGACGAAACGAGAAAGGUAAACCAUGGGGAACCAAAACUACUUUAGUAUAUCGGGAUCCAAAAGAUGCAAACAAUUACAUGCAGGUUACCGAAGUUAAAAUGAGUGUAAAGAGUAAAAAGGAUAGACCUGAAGCGGCUGGUGAUGAAGUUUCCAAAGUCAGUAAAAGUAGUUUCCAUGGAUCAAGAUAUUCAAAUCAACCUUCACUAAGUUAUGGUGGAGAUUUUUUAGAGCUCAAUGAACCACCAGAACCAUCUUUCUAAGUUGAAUAUUCUUGAAAAGAAAAUAAAUUGACAAAAAAAUGAAAAUAUUAUGUAACUCGAUAUGUAAAGUGUGUUGUUUUUGGCAUUGUAUUGUCCCUAUAUUUUGUUAAUAUUUCGCCAGAGUCAUUUUAAAGACAAUUUCUGGAAAACAUAAUGUAAAAUGUGUUGAGCAUUAAAAACACUAUUUUCUUUAAAAAACAUCAUUUCUUUCAAUAUCAAUCAAAA